CUCCAGCAGAUCGGAUGCACGCAUCGCGGAGCCACCUCCCCACGUCCGGCGAGUCUCUCCUCCGCCUUUUGGCCGCCUGCCGUGCACCCGCCCACCUCCCAUCCCUGCGCGCCGCGCACGCGCGGCUCCUCGUGCUGCUCCACCCUUCUCACCCAUCCGCGGCACACGCUAACGUCAAACUCAUCCAAGCCUACGCUGCCUGCUCCGCGCUCCCCUUGGCGCACACCGUGCUCGAGUCCUCCUCCCCCGACGGCAGGAGCAGAACCACCACCGUCUGCUUCAACGUACUCAUUCGCGCGCUCACCGCCUCCUCUCUCCACCGCGAUGCGCUCGUCCUCUUCGCCUCCAUGCGGCCGCGGGGCCCAGCCUGCUUCCCCGACCAUUACACCUACCCGCUCGCGCUCAAGUCGUGCUCGGCGUCCAAGGAUCUCCUCCUCGGCCUCCAGAUCCACUCCGCCGUCGCUAAGCUCCGCCUCGACAGGAACGUCUACGUGGCACACUCCGCGAUCAGCAUGUACUCGCGGUGCGGCCGCCCGGAGGACGCUUACAGAGUGUUCGACGGAAUGCCGCACCGGGACGUCGUCUCUUGGAAUGCUAUGAUCGCGGGGUUCGCGCGUGUGGGUCUGUUCGACCGUGCUAUUGAGGUUUUCAAGCAGUUUGUGGUGCUGCAGGGUUCAAUGCCAGAUGCCGGCACCAUGGCAGGUAUCUUACCCGCUAUGGGGAACGCCAAGCCAGAUGACAUUAGGUUUGUGAGGAGAGUGUUUGACAAUAUGCAGUUUAAGGAACUUAUAUCUUGGAAUGCUAUGCUCGCUGUAUAUGCUAACAAUGAAUUUCAUGUUAAGGCAGUUGAGCUGUUCAUGCUGAUGGAAAAGGAUGAGGUUGAGCCAGAUUCAAUUACUCUAGCAACUGUUCUUCCUCCAUGUGGGGAGCUAUCAGCAUUUUCAGUGGGAAAACGUAUCCACGAGAUUAUCAAGCGAAAAAAUAUGUGCCCUAACUUGUUGCUUGAAAAUGCUCUCAUGGACAUGUAUGCAAGCUGCGGCUGUUUGAAGGAUGCUAGGGAAAUCUUUGAUUUGAUGAGUGCCCGGGAUGUGAUAUCAUGGACUUCAAUCAUAUCUGCUUAUGGAAAGCAUGGUCAUGGAAGAGAGGCUGUUGAUCUUUUUGAGAAGAUGCUAGGACAGGGGCUGGAACCAGACUCUAUUGCCUUCGUUGCUGUUCUAGCAGCAUGCAGCCAUGCUGGACUUUUGGCUGAUGGAAAGCACUACUUUGAUUCCAUGACAUCCAGGUAUCAUAUCAUUCCAAAAGCAGAGCACUACACUUGCAUGGUGGACCUUCUCGGCCGUGCUGGAUGUAUAAACGAGGCAUAUGAUUUUAUCACGACAAUGCUGAUUGAGCCAAAUGAAAGAGUCUGGGGAGCCUUAUUACAAGCUUGUCGAAUUCACUCCAAUAUGGACAUUGGACUCGUGGCAGCAGACAAUCUGUUCAGCUUAGUACCUGAACAAACAGGAUACUAUGUGCUGUUAUCUAAUAUGUAUGCUAGAGCUGGGAGAUGGGCAGAUGUUACCUCGGUGAGAAGUGUCAUGGUGAAUAAGGGUAUCAAGAAAUUUCCUGGUACUAGUAUUGUUGAGCUAGGGGAUCAGGUUCACACAUUUCAUAUUGGUGAUAGAUGUCACCCACAAUCUGAAAUGAUCUACCAUAAACUGGAUGAGCUAUUGGGAAAAAUAAGGGGGAUGGGUUAUAACCCAGAGGUAGAGGCUACACUUCAUGAUGUCGAAGAAGAAGACAAGGAAGACCAUCUUUCUGUUCACAGUGAGAAAUUAGCUAUUGCAUUUCUCCUUUUGAACACUAGUCCAGGUACAAUUAUCAGGGUGACUAUGAAUCUCAGAACCUGUAGCGACUGUCAUCUUGCUGCGAAGCUGAUUUCAAUAAUCACCUGUAGAGAGAUUGUCCUCAAAGACACCAAUAGGAUCCAUCAUAUAGUACAAGGAGUUUGCUCAUGUGGGGAUUAUUGGUAGAGGAUGUACAAUUAUCAUAUACUGCAUUGAUUGAAGCGUCUACUUGGAGAGAAAAGAUUUUUGCUCUUUUAAGCAUGAUGCUUGAAUCCACUUUUCCUCAACUUCUGUCCUUCGAUUGAAUGGAUGUUAGUUUUCUGGAUAACAUUUGUAACAGAAAUUCAGCAUCCAUACUCAGCUGCAGAAUAAAGAAGAGAACAAUACCUAUCUACGCUUGAGCAUUUGGUUUCUUUGUCUAGUAUUCGGGCUCUUUUGUUCCACAAAAUCAAUCUAACAGAAAGACUAUUAGAGAUACGUGCCAAUCAGUAUCAGUUGUAUAUAUUUCUUGAACUUUUGAGAAACAUGUACAAAUAAAAAGGUGAACCCCAGGCACUAAGCGAUACAAGAACAUUUAGCAUUCAUUUGUUCUUGAUAAUUUUAUGCCAUUUUCCAACUGAACAAGAACCAAUGGAACUAUGGAAGUAUGGAACAGAGAUAUUCUGGGGCAUGCAAGAGAUCUUAGAAGUAACAGUCACUGAAACUAUAACCUCAUGAUCAAUGUUCUGAAGUUACUGGACAUUGUCAGUUAAGCUUAUUAGUUCAGAUAGUCAAGGAAGGCAAGCAGUACUAUGAGCGGAAGCUGGAAAGAAAAAUCAAUCAUGUUAUAUGCUGCAGAAAUCUGAGGCAUGUGCUUCUCUAUCUCUCCCUACUUUGUUGUUAUAACUGUUGAGUUUGUGAUCCAAAUUCCGUAUAUGGAGGCCGUGUUGGCGAGUGGAGCGGAGGCCCGUCGCCGGAAGGCUUGGGUCGGAGUGUAUAUAUUAGUGACCCUAAUUAGGGUUUGCUGCUCGUCGUCUUUUUACUCCUCUUGUAAGCCGCCGUCUACGGACGACGUUCUGUAAACACUCCACAUAUAGUGAAUGUUUCGCCUGGCUGGUGCCCAUGGUUUUUCCCUUCGCAUUGAAGGGUUUUCCACGU